AUGCGGCUGCAGUGGAACGGACGGCGAAUGGAGAAGGCGAAUGCAGUGGUGGCAGCGACGGUGAGGGGGCAUCGGGAGCGCUGCAUACGCUGGCCACGCGGCCCGGCUCUGCGCGUGGGCGUCACUUUCGAGGUCGAAGUGGUUGGCAAUCGGCUAACACGUGGCCGAAUCGGACACUGGUUGGCAACGCAAAAUCUUGCAAUUCGUGUGGAGCGUCAGAUCACGAUAGCGAUGAGUGUCGACACAGACGCUAUAUCUGCGGUAGGUGUAAAAAAAGAGGACACCUUCGACGCGUGUGCGUCAUGCGGUCGGGGG